AUGCCUGGCGAGGCGGAUCUUCAAACGGAACUUGAUUCGCUGCGUGUUCUACGCGCAACAUUGGAGUCUGUGAGACAAUUUGUCGACGCGAUUGAAAAUGAUUCGAAGGCCAUGAGAGAAAAUGCCAAAACUGUCACAGAAUUGAGUAGAAAAUGGGGAGAAGUAAUUCAAGAGGCUGCAGUUGUUGUAGGAGAGACUAAGCCAAAACCACCAGGUCCUCGGCGAUAA